AUGGAGAACUUAGUAGCUACUUUCAAAUCGCUGGCACAAUGCAGCGAUAGAACAGCUAGAGAUUAUUUGAAUACCCAUAAUUGGGACGUUAAUCAAGCAUUAAAUGAUUAUUAUGAUAGCGAACAUGAUCAAGAUCAGUCUUAUUCACCUGAAUUACCGCAAUUAUUCAGGAAAUACGCUGUAGUGACUCCCCAUGGGUUCAUAAUGGAUACUGACGGUCUUAUCAGGUACAUUGGAGAUUUAGGAUAUGAAAUUGAUAAUUUAGCCACUAUCUGUCUUGCACAAUUGUUACAUUGUCAAAGAUUAACAGAUGGUAUAACUGAGGGCCAAUUUUCCUACAAUUGGCAACAAAAUGGAUGUACUUCACUACAUCAGAUGGGUAAAUUAGUACAAAGAUUAGACCAUAAGUUACGCACCGAUCAAGAUUAUACGGCUCAAAUUUACAAUUAUACUUUUGAACUAGCUUUGGACCCAGGCGCUAAGACCCUGGAGACACACACAGCUGUACAAUACUGGACACUUUUUUUUGCUACAGGACAAUACCCAGUGAUAGUAGAGCAGCAGUUCUUUCAACUAUGGAUAUCUUUUGUCCAGCAAGAGCAAUCUAUCUCGAGGGAUACAUGGCGGAUGCUUUUCCCAUUCUUCAACCGUUUUUCCAAUUUGCAAUCGGUAAGAGACAAUUACAACGAGGCAGAUGCUUGGCCAUAUAUCAUCGAUGAAUUUUACGAAUACUUGGCUGAUAAGGGUGAGAUCUAA